AUGUCAAAGCCAAAGCCAAACCCAAAUCCCCAAUUGAUUCCUCCAUCCCAAUCACGAACCAAGCUCCCAGAUUUCAAACAAACAGUGAAGCUCAAAUACGUCAAACUAGGUUACCAUCACCUAAUCACCCAUGGGAUGUACCUCUUUUUAUCCCCACUAGCCCUGCUAAUCUUCGCGCAGCUAUCCACAUUCUCAGCUCAAGAUCUCCAAGACCUAUGGAAUCACCAUCUCCAAUCCAACCUAUUCUCAGUAAUCCUAUGCACCACCCUCAUAGUCUUCUUCCUGACCCUCUACUUCCUAACUCGCCCUCGUCCAAUCUACCUCGUAGACUUCUCCUGUUACAAGCCCGACGACGCCAGACAAUGCACCAGACAGAUCUUCAUGGACAGGUCGAGCUUAACCGGCACUUUCACCGAGCAAAGCCUCGAUUUCCAGCGCAAGAUCCUCGAAAGGUCCGGUCUUGGUGAGUCAACUUACCUCCCACAAGCUGUUCUCAAUGUUCCACCUAAUCCUUGUAUGGCCGAGGCUAGGAAGGAAGCAGAAACUGUCAUGUUUGGUGCAAUUGAUGACUUGUUUGCCAAGACUAAGGUGAAGCCUAAAGAUGUUGGCAUCUUGAUAGUGAAUUGCAGCUUGUUUAACCCUACACCAUCUUUGUCUGCCAUGGUGAUUAACCACUACAAGCUUCGUGGCAAUGUGAAAAGUUACAAUCUUGGUGGGAUGGGGUGUAGUGCUGGCUUGAUCUCGAUUGAUCUCGCUAAGGAUCUUCUCCAGGUGAAUCCAAAUUCGUACGCUUUGGUAAUUAGUAUGGAGAACAUUACAUUGAAUUGGUACUUUGGGAAUGAUAAGUCAAUGCUUCUGUCGAAUUGCUUGUUCCGAAUGGGAGGUGCUGCAAUUUUGCUCUCGAAUAAGAGUUCGGAGAGGAGGCGUGCCAAGUAUAGUUUGGUUCACACUGUGAGGACCAACAAGGGGUCGGACGAUAAGUGCUUCUCUUGUGUUACACAGAGGGAAGAUUCAGAAGGCAAGGUCGGAGUUUCGCUGUCAAAGGAGUUGAUGGGAGUUGCAGGAGAUGCAUUGAAGACCAACAUCACUACUUUGGGCCCGCUCGUGUUGCCAAUGUCUGAGCAACUGCUCUUCUUUGCUACAUUAGUGGCAAAGAAGCUGCUGAAGGUGAAGGUGAAGCCUUACAUACCAGAUUUCAAGCUGGCGUUCGAGCAUUUCUGCAUUCAUGCCGGUGGGAGAGCUGUGCUGGAUGAGCUUGAGAAGAACUUGCAUCUCUCGGAUUGGCAUAUGGAGCCUUCAAGGAUGACUCUGUACCGGUUUGGGAACACGUCUAGCAGUUCGCUGUGGUAUGAGUUGGCUUAUACUGAAGGGAAAGGGAGAGUGAAGAGAGGAGAUAGGAUGUGGCAGAUUGCUUUCGGGUCUGGGUUCAAGUGCAAUAGUGCGGUGUGGAAGGCUCUGCGCACUAUAAACCCAGCUAAGGAGAAGAACCCGUGGAUGGAUGAGAUUGAUCAGUUCCCGGUCGAUGUACCUAAAGUUGCUACACUCAACUGA